AUGCUGGUCGAACGACUUUCGCUCCUGCUGGAAACCUCCCACCUGGGGGCUGUUCUACUCUUUCUGGUAGCUGUAUUAUGGCUUCGUUACGUCCUCGGAAAUAAACCUAGGUUCGUCGCCCAAUGCAAGAAUCACGACAAAGGCAAAAUAGUCGAGGCCCCGUUGACGUUUCCCUACAUCGUGCCGCUACUAGGGAGUGUUCCUAUAUCGUACCUGUGGAACCCAAAGGGCUAUGUGCUGAACUCAAAGUAAGCACAGCAUAAUAUACGUUCGUGGAUCACUGCUCACUGACGAAUCACAGCAACUUCUUCCAGAGCCCCCAUCCAGUUCGAGUCAAGUUUCUCACUAAAGAUUUCUACGUUCUACGCGGACCGGAAAAUAUUAAAGCUCUUUUCAAGAAAUCCUGGACCUGCACAUCUAUUCCUUUCUCCAAAUUUGCCCUUCAGUAUGCCUUCGGGUUGCCAACUAAAGCAUCUGUUUUAUAUGACAAGGAUGACUCUGGCUAUGAUCAUGUGCCUCAUGCUGGUAGCAAAGUCGAAGCCCGAAAUCGCAUCGACUACCGUUCCUACCGGUGUUUAAUCUCAUUUCUGGAAGGAAAAGGACGUCAGCCUUUCUGGGAGAGAUUUUUCGGCAACAUUAGGGAGCAACUGCAUAAAUUGAACGAAAAGAUUGGACCAGAAUGAACUUAUCAUGACGAUCUUAUAGACAUCGUAGUAAAUGAGGCUGCGGUCUCCAUCUUCAACGCUCUUUGUGGCCCAUAUCUCCUGAAACUGAAUCCGAACUUUCUGCAAGACUACUGGGAUUUCGACCGUAACUUGCAAACCUAUCUUCAAGGUGUGAGAUUGUCAGGAUUAUGGAGAAACGCCCACUUACAUCGGUCACAGGUAUCCCUUGGUUUCUUGCUCCGAGAGCAUAUGCAGUCCGCCACAGAGUGUUGAGAGCAGUUCAAGAUUGGCAGCAGCAUGCGAGAGACCGUUUCAAGGAGUCGGAUAUUGGAGAUGAUGGUGAUGACCCAUUCUGGGGAACCAGUUUCUUUCGGGAGAGGCAGAAGAUGUUCCUCGAAAUGGACGGGUUCGAUUACACAGCUAUAGCGUCGGAGGACUUUGGGGCAAUUUGGGCGUAAGCAGCUAUGUGCAUGCCAGAAAUGAUGUAUCUGCUAACCCUGGCAUGUAGAAUGCGAAAUGUUAUUACUGCGACCUCAUGGACCCUAUUCGACAUAUAUCGAGACCCUGAACUACUGGCCAGCUUAAGAGCUGAGGUUGAUGGUUGUGUAUUGAAGGGCACCAAGGUUGUUCAAUUUGACAUCGACCAAUUGCUUUCCCUGCCAAUGCUGAAAGCUGCUUCCGCCGAGACGCUUCGACUUCGCAUGCAUUUUUAUAUCAUCAGGAUGACAGACCGGGCUGAAAUUAACAUUCGGAAGUGGGUUAUCCCAGGCGAAAGGUCAUUGUGACAUCCACGACAGUUGCACACAUGGAUUCCAAAGCAUGGGAUACUGGUCUGAACAAUAUUAAUGAGCAUCCCCUAGACCAAUUCUGGGUUGGACGGUUCCUCAAAUAUCCAUUGGCAAAUACUGAAGGUUAUGGGAAGCCACUCGACUAUACAUCUUCUCCAACAUUCUCGACGAAAGAUCUCGAAGGGUCGUGGAUUCCCUACGGCAGGGGGCCGAGGCAAUGUCCCGGUAGGCAUUUUGCGAAACGUCAAAUACUACUUACGACGGCCUUGAUGAUACGACUAUUCGACUGCGAAAUAUUGAAGGGCGGAAAGGAUGUGAAGGAGAAUUUGACCCUCCAUGGGUUUGGUGGUGGCAUGUCUCAGCCAGCUGGCAAAGUACCCAUGAGAAUGCGUCGUAGAAACACGGCAGACAUGGCUGCAUAG